GGACUAAGAUUUAUCGACCCCUUGGGAAGGAAAGCACAGUUUAAGGCCCGUGCUGGAGAAGAGGAGCCGAGACUCGAGGAUUGUUGGCCAUGGCGACCUUGCUCAAAGGGCUGCAAUGGUCGCCAUCGCCGGCGCGCCUGGCUACCUGCCACUCGUCGCGAGUGCUGGACCAUGCCCGCUCGGUUGCAUUCCCCCGGACUUUCUUUCUGCACGCGCCCUCUGGAUUCACACCCUCUCGAUUCGGCAAGGUUUUGAACUCUAGGAGUUUCAGCGUCGCCAAACGUGGAGGUGGCGCGGUAAUUGUGCGAGCCGAGGGGAAUGGCGGCGACGAGGCGGGCAGAGGAGAGCGGUUCACUGUCACCACGCCACUCUAUUACGUGAAUGCAGCCCCGCACAUGGGAAGCGCUUAUCCGACUAUUGCUGCUGAUGCUCUGGCUCGAUUCCAGAGGCUGCAAGGGCGGGAUGUGAAUUUUAUCACAGGAACUGACGAGCAUGGAGAGAAGAUCGCUCUCGCUGCCGCUGCCAAGGGGCGGGCUCCUAAGGAACAUUGCGAUGCUGUCGCUGCAGAAUAUCAACUUUUGUGGAAAGAACUAGGUAUAGCUUAUGACAAAUUUAUAAGGACAACCGACAGUCAUCACGAGACUUUAGUAGAUGAAUUUUAUAAGCGUGUUGAAGCGAAAGGAGACAUAUACCAGGCCAAGUACGAGGGCCUCUACUGUGUCAACUGUGAGGAGUAUAAGGAUGAAGACGAGUUGAUAGAGGAUCUGUGUUGUCCUAUCCAUAGGAAGCCUUGUGAGGCCCGCAAUGAAGACAACUAUUUCUUUGCUCUGUCCAAGUACCAGCAACCGCUAGAAGAGCUUCUCUCAUCCAACCCAAACUUUGUGCGACCUUCUUUUCGAAUGAAUGAGGUUCAAGGGUGGGUGAAGGAAGGUUUGCGAGAUUUUUCUAUCUCGCGAGCAGCAGUAGAAUGGGGUAUUCCUGUGCCAACCAACCCAAAGCAAACUAUCUAUGUGUGGUUUGAUGCUCUGCUUGGAUAUAUAUCAGCUCUUCUACCAGAAGGAAAGGAGCCGAUUUUGACGAAUGCAACCGAGAGGGGCUGGCCUGCUUCUGUGCAUAUCAUCGGCAAGGACAUUUUGAGGUUUCAUGCCGUAUAUUGGCCAGCAAUGCUUAUGUCUGCCGAUCUACCCCUUCCAGAAGCUGUUUUUGGCCACGGAUUUCUGACAAAGGAUGGUUUGAAAAUGGGAAAAUCACUGGGUAACACAAUCGAGCCCAGGGAGCUGGUGUCAAAAUUCGGUCCCGAUUCUGUUCGUUAUUAUUUUCUGAAGGAGAUUGAAUUUGGAAAAGACGGAGACUUUUCUGAGAAGCGAUUUAUCGAAAUUGUCAAUGCCAAUCUGGCCAACACUAUUGGCAAUCUGCUGAAUCGUACACUCGGAUUACUGAAAAAAAACUGCGAUGCCGUUAUUCCUGUUGACUCGAGCUCCAUUUCAGAGGAAAAUCCUAUACGAAUCCUCGCAGCUGAAUCUGUUAGUAAAGCAAAGCUUCACUAUUCAGAAUUGGACUACUCGUCAGCAUGUGAUAUCAUCCUCGGAAUUGCUACUGCUGGCAAUCUCUACAUGAGUGAGAAAGCCCCCUGGUCUCUCUUCAAGGAAGGUGGCUCCGCUGCAGAGGAUGCAGCUCAGGAGUUGACAGUAAUUCUGGAAGCUGUUCGAAUAAUAGCUGUAGCCCUUUCACCUGUUGUUCCGGAGCUUUGUAAUCGGAUCUACUUACAACUGGGCUUCACUGAAGCAGAUUUUAAAUCCAUUUCCUGGAAUGACACGCAGUGGGGCGGAUUAAAAAGCGGCCAGGUGAUGGCAGAUGCUCAGCCUAUUUUUCAAAGGUUAGAAGUUCCAAAUGCACCAGAGACGCAGAGCACACCUCCGAAAAAGGGAGGGAAGAAAAAUGAUGGGAAGAAACAGAAAGGCAGUGCAAAGCAAAAGGCUGAUUCAGCUGUUGUCAACGCUAGUGCGUCUUAAUUCUUUUUCUGGGGUAUCAUGUAAUAUUUUAUUUCCCUUCUUAGUAGUGUACACCUUUCGGCUACGUGGUUGGAUUUCACAAUGUUGUGCCUGUGUUGCUGGAUUGCUGGUUUGUACUCUUUCUAAAUCAUCUUGAAUUAUAUAUUGGCUCUUAAUACAGUAUAGGGAGCAGGCAUUA